AUGGAGACGCCCGAACUAUCCGAAGAUGUGCUCCCGAUGUCAAACGCUUUCAAAUUGCUGUGUGACGACUCUACGCCAAAAAUGAACAAAAAAGAAGUUGAAAGACAUCGUCAGACAGCGAAAAAGAUCAAAAAUGAUAUAGAAUCGGCCAAAAUUAAUCUAGAAAUCGAGUACAAAAACUUGGACUUCUGGACAGAACACGACAUCAAACAUCCUCUCCAUCAUCUUCAGAAGGCUAUAGAUGCCACGUCAUCAAGUGUUACUCAGUUUAAAUGGGUCAAACCUUCAAAAAUCACAAUUUCGGAUCAAGUUUUCGUCGAAAUGCCAUCAGAGCUACUAGGAAAUCGAGACUUUCUCAAUUUAACCUAUCCAACAAAACGAGCUCAUUUCCUCUGCUGUAUCGCAAAAAUUCUGUCGAAAAACCACGCGAAAAUCCACUUUGCGGCUGGUGGAAUCCAUCAGGAUGACCCGAUUUUCCCGGAUUUGAUUGUGGAUGGAAUUCGAAUUGGAAUCUAUUGUUCGGACGUGGCAAAACCGAAGAGAUUCGCACCGAAUAUCGGAAAUUUGAGACCGGCGACAGUGUUCGGAGAGAAGUUGUUCAAAGGAGUCGAAAUCGCCACUCCACGAUUCAAUCAACGUAUGCUAUGGUCAGUUCUAGAGUUGGAUCUGUAUCAGGAGUUGGAAAAGACUAUGAAGACUCAUCCAACUGCUCGUUUGGCUCUUCAUCUUCUCCAAUCUCUCCUUGAAAACCGUCAUCUCACCCACGCAUUCUCCAAAAUCGUCACAACUGCGCGUGUCGUUCGUCUCAUUAAAAAUGGAGAAAUCACUGAGAAACAGGAGAUUCUCACUGUUUUGAGAGCGAUUUUCAAAGAUUUUAUAACCUGGUCACUUGAUGAUGUGGAACACAUGGAUGUCGAUGAAGAAAAACUGGAAGAUGAUGUGGAAAAGGAGUAUUCUCAGAAUUUCGACGUUAAUCUCAUCUGGAGACAUUUGAAUAUUGCAUCGAAUAUCACAAAGAAUCAAAUGGCUAGAAUGAAAAAAGAGCUCGCCACGUGUUAUCCGUUGCUCGGACAAGUCUACACAUUCGAUCCAAUUUUUAUUGAGAAAUUCCCAGUUUUUGCACAAUAUGACCAUGUUUCCAGACUCCACGUGAACGUCUCCCAACUUCUUCCGAUUCUCGGUGAAUUCGGAUGUGACUCCGUGGAUAAUCGUGACGUCAUCAGUCAAUUCAUCAAAAGUUUAGAGCGAAAAAUCCAGCAAACCAUGUCAGAGAGAUACGAAUUCAUCGGAAUUCAUGAAAUUACUGAAGACUUGAAAACCACGUGGCAACUCACUGACUACGCGUCACAGGAACGUCAGAAGACGUUUUUGAUUGGAUUCAGAAUCACUUCGCAAUGGAAGAAUCCGUUGACUGUCGGACCAUCUGCACAGACUAAUGAGGCGAAAGAAUUCCGUGAAUUAUGGAAGGGAAGCAGUGAACUUCGCAAGUUCGCCGACACACGUAUCUGCGAAUGUGUCGUUUGGGCGGAGAAACCAUCGGAAAAGGUUCCGCGGGCUGUUUUGCAAUUUGUGCUGCAAAAAAUGUUCGAUCUACCAGCCACAUGUCUCUCGUGGAGAUCACUGACAACUACAUCUACGUCAGCAGAAAGUGAUCAGCAACACGAGAAGAAGAGCCAAGAGGCUGUAUUCAAAGCAUUCACUGAUUUGAGUACUGUGUUGAGAGGACUCAAAGGAAUUCCUCUAAUGAUCACUAAUGUUCAUGGAGUUAGUGGUUAUUUGAGAGGCACUGAGCCCGCCUAUCCAUCAGUCUUCGCUGCCACGUCAUCAAACAAGUCAACCGACAAUCACGCUCUCCCAGAAAACGGAAAAAUUCCGUUGUACUCUCCGGCUGUCACUGUUCACAUCAAAUUAGAAUAUUCUGGAAAAUGGGGAAACGAUGUGGAGGCAAUCAGACGGUUGACGUCUUCUCUUUAUGUUAAGAUCGCCGAGAAACUCCGCACGGUGCACAAACUCACCGCCGUUCCAACAAUCGAUCAAUUAUUCGUAUUAAAAUCUGGAAUUGUGUUCAAAAUUGUCGUUGUCAACGAUCGAAUUAUGACGAUUUUGGAGGAGGAAGUUCAGAAAUUGAAGGAUUCUGGAGCCACGAGAAUUGAGAGUUCAAUUCAGGGAAUGCGAUUGGCGAUGUGGAAGAAAAAAUUCGUCGCUGAACCACUUCUCCAAAUGUCUCUUCAAUCCUUCUCAACGAGUCACAAAUUCUUCGGAUCCACUGUACAAUUAUUCAAAAAAUGGCUGGGUUCGAAAUUGCUAUCCGGACACCUCAAUGAUCAUGUCAUCGAGCUAUUGGUGGUGGCUGCAAUCAGUAAGAGAGGAAGUGUCGAGCCGCAAUCCACGUGGUCUUCGUUCUCCCGUCUGCUCACUCUCCUCUGCACUCAUCCAUGGUCUUCGCGCCCACUCGUUGUCGAUUUCGGACUGAAAUCAUGGACAGAAGAAGAGAGAUCGAAACUCGAAGAGAAAUUCAUAAAAAUGCGUCCAAUUCUCCCGCCGAUGGUUGUCAUUCAUGAGGAAGAUCAACUCGGAUCCAAAUUUACACGUGAAAAUCCACAGGGAAUCGUUUUGAAUCGAUUAGUUGCUGUUGCAAAGGAGGCGUUGAAACUCAUGGAAAAACAGACGACCGGAGAGAAAUCUAUCGAUUUAGAGACCUCCCUGCUCACUGAAAAUCUCGCUCCAUACGACGCGAUCAUCAACUUGGAACCAGCAGCCGUCGUCAGAAAGAAGGCUCUCAUGGAGAGAAGACCGUUACCGGAAAACUCGAAAUUCCAACACAAAAUUCCAGUUGUCGAGUUGGAUCCGGUUGAUGAACUCGUCUAUCAGCUCAAUAAUAGUUUCCAGUCGGUCGCCAUGUUCUUCUACAAUAAAUACGGUGGUCAUCAUAUUGGAGUGAUGUUCAAACCACAAGAAGAAGAGGUUCCGGCAAAGAUAUCCCGUUGCGCUCUCCACAAAUCGAUAUCCGAUUCGGCACUCCGUCUGAACCGUGCCGAAAUUCUCGAAAAUAUUCUAAUUUUGGGACAAGGAAUUGUCGGUGACGUGGAAUUGAAGAAGCAGUAG